ACCCCGAACUUACGCAACACCUUAUCCCACUAGUCCGGUACUAGUGUCCUGGAGAUUUAGAGAAACCCUACUAUCUUAGCUUAGUGUCAAGAUGAUCACGAUGGCUGCCGUCGGAUUUGUGUUGGUGGUUGCCUUUCUGGUCGUCGGGCUGUUCCUCUAUCGGCUCUUUCGCCCCAGCCCCGAGUCGAUGGCCCCGCCCAAGGACCACGUCCAACUCUCGGGGCAGACGUCCACCACUUACGCAUACACGCCUUCGUAUCCUAUGCGUGGACUCGGGCGGACAUUCACUCGAGACUCGCGCGCGCACAGUCUCCUCCGUCUCGGUGGAACCGGGCGGAACGACUAUCCCAUACGACGAGACCCGGAGUUCGGAUUCGAGGGCCUGAAUCUACCACCAUACGAGCCUCGCGAUGCGCCUCCGGGAUAUACAACGUGAUGACGAGUAAGGAAGAUGCGCCGGUAUGCUAGCAUUAUAUCCACGUUACGAGUCUGUUGCGGUUGAUCCGCAGAAUAGGAAUUGUCGAGUACUCUCCUGUGACACUUACGAGCGAAGGCGAUGCUGCAACUAGGUCAGGGUAACCUCUGGUCCAACAGUUUCUAGACGUAAGUACACGCUGUAUGCUGCCCAUGGAGCGCACAGCAUGCUACGCAUCCUUUCGAGGACAUCCGCCUGCAGACGACAUAGGUUACUAUGUGAGAUCAAUACCUGCCAGUACUUUUCGAUCAUGGAAUGUUCUAAAGAACAUCGAGUACGGAAGUGGAGUUGGACAUUCAUGUAUCUCUCAUAAGACCCC